ACCACCAACCAAAUGAUUGAUUCUCUGCCCACACUUUAAUCGCAUCAGACAGUUUCUGGGAAUUUAGACAUCGAAUCUGUCAUGAGAGGAAAAGGAGAAGAUACAGUAGCGUGGAGAUACUUUCACAGAGAUGUUGUGCCGUUUGCUGCAAUGUUUGCAGUGGAGUGUUCCACUGUUGGCUCAAACACACUGUACAAGGCUGCAACGUUAAGAGGACUGAACUUCUAUGUCUUUAUCUUCUACUCUUACGCUGCUUCAACACUUGUGCUUCUUCCACUUUCCCUCAUCUUCGGAAGAUCUAAAAAUUUACCUUCAGCCAAGUCUCCUAUCUUCUUCAAGAUGUUCUUACUAGGGCUUUUCGGGUGCAUGGCGCAGAUGGUUGGUUUUAAAGGUGUAGAACAAAGUUCUCCUACUCUUUCCUCCGCUAUGAGCAAUCUCACGCCAGCUUUCACAUUCACCCUAGCAGUUAUCUUCAGGAUGGAACAAGUAGUGUUAAGGAGCUCUGCCACUCAGGCUAAAAUCAUCGGCGGAGUAUUAUCUAUAUCUGGUGCUCUGGUUGUUGUGCUGUAUAAAGGCCCAAAAGUUCUAUCUGCUGCAUCUUCUCCUGCCAGUUCGCUUCACCAGCAAUUGACUUCAUCAGAGUCAAGCUGGAUAGUCGGUGGCCUUUUGCUUGCUUCACAGUUCUUUUUUGUUUCAGUCUGGUAUAUUGUUCAGACUCUGGUCAUGGAGGUAUACCCUGAAGAAAUAACAGUAGUCUUCUUCUACAACUUAUUUGCAACGCUAGUCUCAGCACCUAUAUGUUUACUGGCGGAAAGGAACUUGACUUCUUGGGUGAUAAAACCAGAUAUUACCCUCGCUGCAAUCAUAUACUCGGGAGUCUUUGCUUCAUUAUUCAGUGUGCUUACCCACACAUGGGGUCUGCAUCUAAAGGGUCCUGUCUAUGUAUCCUUGUUUAGACCAUUGUCUAUUGCAAUUGCAGUUGCCAUGGGUGCUAUAUUCCUCAGUGAUGCACUUCACCUCGGGAGUGUCAUUGGAUCAGUGAUAUUGUGUUUUGGAUUCUACACUGUGAUGUGGGGCAAAACAAGAGAAGAUUCAACCAAAACUGUGGCUGACUCUGAGAAUUGUUCACCCUUGCUGCUUAGACAUAUCGUAGAAGAUGAAUGCUUGUCAUUAAGAUAAGAUUGAUGCAAGUGAUCUACAAUAUGCUUAUUACUAUUGAUUUGUAAAUGCGGGUGGAUGGUGCUGAUUGCUUUCAAAUUAUUGCAUUGUGCUAGUCUCAUAAGCAUUUUUUCACAAUGGAAAGUUACCCAAACGAAUGAGUAAAAAAAAUGGUUCUUCUGUUUCGUUCUGUGGAGAAUUUUCAAAUGCAGGAUUGAUUUGUGUGUCCCCUUUGGGACUCUCCAUCAUAAAUUGUUCAGCUGCAGGAAUAAUUAAUGUAUCAUUUAGGAAACAUGGUGGGGGUUAAUUCCUAUGGUUGCUUAUGAAGUCACUUUGACUUCUGAGAUUUUCUGAAAAGUCUGAACCUCAGAUCUUAAUGGCAAAGAGGAGCAGAAGAAGGACACUGGAAUGGUGAGUUUUUUUUUUUUUUUUUGCAGAGAUGUUGUGCCUUUCACUGCAGUAGUCGCUUUGGAGUUUGGAGUGUGUCAGGGUUGGAUCUAACAACACACUGUUCAAGGCUGCCAGCAUGAGAGGAUUGAGCUUCUAUGUUGUUGCUAUUCCAUCACCACAAAUCAGUCCGGAAGCUACUGAUAUUGUGGUGAUGUUCAUACUUUCAAAAACUAUGUAGGAUUUUUUUGCGUUUAGGCUUUUUACCAUAGUCUACUGUUAGGCAGUUUUGCAAAAACUUUGAAGCAACUCGAAAUAAGCUAAGGCUCAGAUAAUUGGGAAAGAAGUAAAAGGAAUGAUCCAAUUUAUAAACA